GAUUCGAGCACACACACAGUUGCAUUCACACACACUCGGGAUCUAAGUAUCCAUUUAGAGCAACACCAUCUUCUUGACUUCCCCCCUGGUUUAACUUGUUUUGAAUAUACCCAAUCUAAGAUGGCAGUAAUACCAUCAGACAACUCCUCCACUUCGACUUUGGAGGGAGGAGCAGCCUCAGAUGCCGACAAAGAACAACCAAAUCAGUUUGAGCCCAUUAGCCGAUUUUCGCAGCCGGCCCCUGUAAGACGGGCGUCUACCGCUGGCAGAUCGCAGAACAAUCCUGACAAGGAAGUUUUCGACCCUAAUCUGGACGUCAACCUCCCAUAUCGUACUCUCAGCCGCGAUGCCAACUUUGACGAAUACCGCGUAACGUCCCACACGGGCACCAUCCCGGGGCCGAUCGAGCCUCCUUCAGUUGCUCAGGCUUCCGGCGAACAAGGCGGCGAAAGGCGCUACAAGCUCGUCACGUUUACAGAUAAUGAUCCUGAGAACCCCAAGAACUGGUCCAAGGCAUUCAAGUGGUACUGCACCAUGGUCGUCGCCGCCACGUGUUUCGUUGUGGCUUUCUGUUCUUCUGUCAUCACUGCGGAUCUUAUUGGAGUGUCCAAGACCUUUGACGUCAGCUUGGAGGUUUCUUUCCUUACGAUUACGGUAUUCGUUAUUGGCUUUGGCGUGGGGCCCAUGGCUUUUGCUCCUCUGUCCGAAAUCUAUGGACGACGAAUCAUCUAUGCCUCGACACUCUUAAUCGCAGUCGUCUUCAUCAUUCCCUGCGCUGUUUCAAAGAAUAUUGGAACCUUGAUUGUUUGCCGAGCCAUCGACGGCAUUGCUUUUUCUGCUCCCAUGACCCUGGUUGGCGGUACACUUGCAGACUUGUGGAGGAAUGAGGAACGUGGUGUUCCCAUGGCCGCCUUUUCCGCCGCUCCUUUUAUUGGACCUGCUAUUGGCCCCCUUGUUGGUGGUUUCCUUUCUGAUGCUGCUGGCUGGCGCUGGCUGUACUGGAUCCAGCUUAUCCUUUCUGGCUGCAUAUAUAUUAUCAUAACCUUUACCGUCCCCGAAACAUACGCACCCACCAUUCUUGCUCGCCGCGCUAAGAAGCUUCGAAAGGAGACUGGCGAUGAGAGCUACGUUACUGAACAAGACAUUGACGAGAGAAGUAUGGGCGAGCGAGUCAAGGUUUUCAUGAUCCGUCCCUUCCAGCUGCUUUUCAGGGAACUCAUCGUCCUUCUUAUUUCGCUGUACAUGAGCGUUCUCUAUGGUCUCCUUUACAUGUUCUUCGUUGCCUUCCCCAUUGUGUACCAAGAGGGCAAAGGCUAUUCUGCUGGUAUCACCGGCCUCAUGUUCAUCCCUAUGGCUCUCGGCGUCCUCAUGUCUGCAGUCCUGUCUCCGCUAGUCAAUAAGCACUACCUCAAGAUGUGUGCCAAGUACAACGGCAAACCUCCUGCGGAGGUUCGUCUGAUCCCCAUGAUGUUCUCUUGCUGGUGCAUCCCCAUUGGAAUGUUCAUCUUUGCAUGGACUUCGUACUCGGAUCUCGACUGGGUUGGACCCGCUUUCGGUGGCUGGCCUGUCGGCUUCGGCUUCAUCUUCCUUUACAACUCUGCGAACAACUACCUGGUCGACUCCUACCAGCACCAAGCCGCCUCUGCUCUUGCCGCCAAGACGUGUAUCCGAAGUUUCUGGGGUGCCGGCUGCGUUCUGUUCACUGAGCAGAUGUACCACCGACUCGGCGACCAGUGGGCUUCCUCGCUUCUGGCAUUCAUCGGUCUGGCUUGCUGCGGGAUUCCCUUCUUCUUCUGGUUCUUUGGCGCCAGGAUUCGUGCUCGCAGCAAGUAUGCUUAUGGCGGCGAUGACGACGAGAUGGUGAACCCCACACAGCCUAAUGAUCUUGAAAAGUCCCGAGGCCAUGGUAAUGGCGCCGGUGCUCAUGGAGACGAUCUUGAUUUGGCCAGGGCGAGGAGCUACGUCAGCAACCCUUAAACCAAAUAAGCAAACAAACAAACAAUCGAGCACACACCAAACCUUCACAAACCAAACCCAAACAUUCCACAAAACAUUAGACAUGAUUUAUAGACUGAUAUCCCCUACGAAUGAUAGAUUUAGAUUUUUUAAUAGCAUUUGAACGGCGUUCUGGGGAGUGAUGGAAAAAUACCUGGGAAUAUAUCAAGGGUGGAUGAGAUACACAGCAUAAAGUUAAUCUUAAUAAUAGACGGUUUACUGCAUUUUUCAAAAAAAG